AUGACGCGAGAUGCUGAAUAUUAUAUAAGAUUCUUCAAUCUCCUGAAAAACAUAGCCAACCAACUUUAUCUCAACUUUCAUCCAAAUAAAGUGAGCCUUGACUUUGAAUGUGCAUCAAGAAAUGCAGUAUCUCAUGUCUUUCCAAACGCAGAACUCAAAGGUUCUUUGUUCCACUACGCAAAAGCAAUAUGGAAAAAGACACAGGAAUAUGGGCUUCAAACUCAGUAUAAAGAUGUCCCAGAUGUCAACAAACUUGUCCGUCGUGCAGCAGCUUUAACAUUACUGCCCUUAGAUCGUGUGGAAGACUACUGGUUACAUGCCUUGGAAAAUGCACCACAGUCAGAUGCUUGCACCAAAUUAACAGACUAUAUAGUUCUGACAUGGCUAGAGGGCAGAUAUCCACAACCAACCUGGAACCACCACCAAACAGAAGGACCCAGAACAAAUAACCAUUUAGAGGGCUGGCAUAACAAGUUAAAAAAGAGAGUAAAAACUGCACAUCCAAAUAUAUUCGAAAUCAUCAAUGUGUUAAAGAAAGAGCAAGCAGCUAACGAGGUAAAGAAGGUACAAUAUGCAGCAGGAGGCAAGAUGCGGGGAAAAGCAAAGAAGUACAGGGAACUAGAAGAAAGAUUCGCAACUUUGAAGGAAUCACUACACAAUGGUACGAAAGACUAUAUUCAGUAUGGAGAUGCAGCAUCAUACUUGGAAAUUAGAUGA